UCAACGAUAUUCAGGUGAACCAAAAUGUUUGACGAAUUAUUCAAUUAUAAACUGUCCGAAAUAUUUAAAUUGUUAUCGAUUUUACGAGUUGAUUUUUAUGUCGCUUUAUAUUCAUUUGGUUUAAGAUUACCGUUGGUCACUUAUUCACAAUUAGUCCAAGAUAAAUAUUGUAUCAAUACCCUUAGAGUCGAAGUAUCCAAAUGUCUUCAACUUGGAUCAGCUGAAGUCGAAUUUCAAGAUUUGAAGAAUCAAGUGUUGGCCUAUUCAACUACGUUCGCAGUUUAUGAUAUGUUGACUAUGUCAUCGCCAGGAAUAUUCUCCAUGAUCUUCUUUGGCUAUUGGAUUGACGCUUAUCCGAACCAACUGAAAUACCUUCUGGCACUACCUGCUCUAGGUGGAUGUCUCUGUGGGAUAAUGACCAUCGCAAAUGUCUACUACUUCAACGCGAAUACGUAUCAUUUACUGUGGAAGUGCAUUCCAUAUGCUCUAACUGGAGGUGCAUUCAUUGUAUAUACAGGGUCGUAUACUUAUAUUGCUCGAACCACGAAGCCCAAAUAUCGAGUUAUAAGAUUUGCUGUUCUCGAUUUGUUCACUUUCAGCGCCAACCCCUUGGCGACCGCUAUCGCAGGUAAGCUGUUGAUAACUGAACCCUGGAUUUCAGGUCAGUACAGAAACUAUCUUGCCGUUUUCGUGACGGGUUUCGUAACUUUUUUCAUUGGACUAGUUUGGGUUCUUGUUUUUAUUGACAAUAAGUUUGAAAUAUCCAAAGAAAUGGACAAUCCUGGUGAAAAUUUAAAUAUCGAUGAGAUGAGACAAACUGACUUAUUGAAGCCGAAAAGUUUAUUCACUGUGAUAAAGGAGAUUUUUAGUCCGUUGACUUUCAUAAAAAUAGUAAAAGUUUGUUUUCAUUCGAGAUCAAACAAUCGGCGGUUAAUCUUAUGGAAUUUACUCAUUAACAUGACUCUUGUAUUUAUCGUAGCUUUCGAUGAAACAGUUAUCGGAUUCCAAUUUUCACAGAAAAUUUAUCAUUGGGAUGCAUCCGAAUACUCUUACAGCUCUGCCACAAUCGCACUUGUCAGUGCGUUAAUCAGUCCGCUGCUUUCAUUGCUUUUCAUUCAUAAAUUACAUUUUUCUGACACAUCUCUUAGCAUAAUUGGUUCAGCUUCAUCUAUUAUUUCAAUGUCAAUUCUUGGUGGUUAUCUCGACUCAGUCGGUUAUUUUAUUGCAAAGUCUUUGAUGAUUUUCUCUGGAUUAUUUGCAAUUUGCACUCGAUCAAUUUUAUCAAGAAUAAUCGAUAACCAAGAAACUGGUCAAAUCUUUUCUUUACUUGCAUGUAUUGAAUCAAUCGCACCAACAUUAGGAACUUUCAUUUAUUCAUCCUUGUUCAAUGCAACAAUCGCUACUCUCCCUGGAGCAGCUCAUCAUAUGGGAGCAGUGAUUAUGUUUUACCCUUUUAUCGUAUCACUUUGGCUCAGUUUAACGAGAAAAAAAUGGGAUCCAAUUGAGAUUAAGUUAAUACAAGAACAAGAGAAGCGAAAACAAGAAGAAAAUAACAAACGAAAUGUAAAAAUCAAAUCUAUUGACUUGAUCGAUUAGAGAGAUUGAAACGAUUGAAUUUUGAUUGUCCAUUUGUCAACACUUUUCGUUAAAAAGAAUAAAAAAAUCAAGUUAACUGUAAAUUACA